CCUGUCCAACGCUGUGCUGUGUUUCACGUCUGAGAAGAGCGCCUGUCAUGAAUAUCGUAUCAUGCUUUCCCCGAUGACCAGAGAGCAAAAUCAACAGACGAGAAUACCAAAAAUAAAAAAGCCAACGUGAUAACACUUCUGUGCUGAGUUGCAGACAUAUCUGUCCCACUUGAGAGCCGACGAUAUUCGUUGUUGAAAAGUAGCAGAGCCUGAGAGAGUAUUCAAAGAUGGUAAAAAAAUAAUUUGUGUUUCAUGAUAUCUCAAUCAUGCUUUCAUCUUGAAAUCGUCACUAUUUUCCCUCUCGCUCUGCACGACGACCUCCAGGAAAUCGCAUAAUCUUUGAGACGAACAAGAAUUAUCCUGCGCAACUGCAUGACUUGUAUUUGAGAAAAUUUCUUGCCCAUUUGAAGUGAUUGAUCUUCAGCUUCAGUGUAAGUCUAUCUUGUUGUCUCUUUAUGCUGUACUAGGUUCAUCAAUUAUGUACUAUUUGUAAGAUGAAGAUCAGCUUUUCAACAACGUGAAAACCAUCUUCUAUGACACAUAAGUACAGCCCUCCCUAUAAUCGCUGUCCAAAAAAUCAAACAAAAUGAGUGACCAACCAGCUUCCUCCGGCAAAAACAAAGGCAACAAGCGUAGUUCUGGAAAGUCGUCAGGUGGGAGUGGAAAAGGUGGCAAGAGCAAAGACUACAACAAGCAUGUGAAUCAACUCCCGGAUUUGCUCGAUGACGUGGACGUUGACCCAACGUUGGAUCAGAGCAAGGUGAUCACAGUAAGCGCCGUAGCCAAGGCUCCAGCGAAGCAGGAACAAAGGCAAAGUGGAAAGGGACAGGGAGGCAAAAUAGCAUCAAACUACGCACUGUCAUCACAGAAUCAAGUAGGCACGGAAGGGAUCACGAAUAUGGAGGUACAACAUGAUCCUGCUAAAGUUUUUUUUGCCGCAAGAUAGAUGAACCACUUCUUUUUAGAUCACUUUUUGAUGUUGUCCACCUUGAAUUACCUUGUUGUAGCUUUUUGCAUCAUCAUGAUCGUCAUCUUCCUCAACAUCAACAUGAUAAUUACAACCUUCCAGGUCCCCGGCAGUCUCGGUCAAGGUUCUGAUCUUACCGAGGAACAAGCCCGUCCGACUUAUUUGCAAAGUGAAGGUUCUUCUGGAACAAGUAUGAUGAAUAAUAUCAGCAACAAGAAGCAAGCCACAUUUGCCGGUUCAUCCGGUUCCGGGAACAUUCCAGAUUCCUACGACGAGCAACAGCAGGGUGACGCCCUUGGAUCGAUGGUAAGCGGUCUUGAGAGCUCGAUGAAUCGUCCUACAGGUGCCGAUGUAUCAGUCCCACGACCUCGUGGAGACGGGUACAGCUUCUUUGGUGGCGCAAAACCACAGAGGAUUGGAGAUGAUGUUGACAACAACACGCCUGGAAGCAACAGCAACCUAAGUGCACGUGGGGUUUAUGAGCUGCAAGGUGAUGGUGCUAUUGAUGAAAAGGGAGCGCAGAUGUCUUCUGGCUAUGUGGCAGGGUCGAGUGGGUCGAGUCCUCAGGUAGGAUACGGUGGAAUGGCGAACACAACCUAUCCAGUGCCGGCUUUGGAUAGCUUUAGUGCUCGCAGUAUGCGGAAAAGUCAGCAAGAACGAGCUUCGCAGGCAAAGAAAGACGAGGAUAAGGGGAGGGGAUGCUGCGGAUGCUUCUAGUAACUUUCCCUUUGUUAUUGUUUGGGAAACCAAGACACCUGAAAGAACCUGAAAGAAUUGAUGCAGCCUUAUUAUGUUUGAUGAAAUUGAAAUUGCAACCUCGUACAGUUGCUGUGGCCCAGAACGUAAUAUAGAUUGGUAAAUGUCGAUGAUACAACAUUUUUUCGUUGUACUUUGUUUUGAUUUUGUGUAGUUGGAGUUCUUCAUCACGUUCAUGUAAAAUGUCAUGGAGGUUGAAUUGAUUAUUCAGAGAUAUGGAAUUUGCUGUUCAUGCUCAUGGUUGACUAUGCAGUUCGUUAUUGACAAAAAUACACGAAUCAGAUAUGUAGAAUAAUUUUAAUUGCUUGAUAGCAGUUUGGACGAUUGAACGCUUACGCUCGCGCUUAGUCAUCUAUUUCGAUUUCCGAUGAUUUAACAUAAUGAUAAUAUUGAAUAAAUAACGCUGAUACAUAAUGAUACCCGAAUACUGCUAAAGGGAAUUUCAUGAAACUGAAAUCACUGAUGCCGCGGUGUUUGACAUACUUUUCGUGCGCAAAAACAACAGGAAUCAUGAUAACAGGUAGUGGCCACACUGCCUGCAAGUCCAAGUCAUGACUUCUCAAUAAUUUAUGAACCUACUAACGCGGUAUGCGACUAUAUCUGAAUCUGGUAUGGUAGUAUUUCGC